CCCGUUUGACAAGAGGAGGACUGUUGAGGCAGAAAUUAGCCUGUUACACGGCAACAGUUUGUUUAAUAUAUCGUGUGUACUCAGUCCUUAUAAACAAAUUACUGAGGAGAUUGUAACCGGAGGAGAGAGUCGUUUAAAAAGAAGGAACCGCAGUGUAUGGGUCAGUUGACUCCAACCAGGCACCAUGAGCUCUAAGGGGGGUGGCACUGCUCUGACCCGAAGGAAUUACAGGCUGGCUUCAGACACAGACAAACCUAAAGCCACAGGUAUCGUGAAUGAGAAGUUGCUAAGUGAUUACCUACACCAUGUGUUCCCUUCCACCAAGCAGGGACCUGCGCUGGCUUCCCUCAGGAAACCUCUUGGCUUCCAAGAACUUGGGGCUCACUUGGAAAGACUGCUGUCCGAGGGAGAACCUACUGAGGACACCAGAGAUCAACUCAUUGAAGGUCGUUUGGGCCCUCAGACAGUGGUUCUGGAUCACACUAGUGGCUUUGAAGGACUUCUCUUUGUAGAUGACGACCUGCUAGGGGUCAUCGGCCACAGCAACUUCAGCUCCAUCAGAGCCACUACAUGUGUAUAUAAAGGGAAAUGGGCAUAUGAGGUGCUAAUCUCCUCCCAGGGGCUGAUGCAGAUAGGGUGGUGCACCCUCAACUGUCGCUUCAACCAGGAGGAGGGUGUGGGCGACACUCCGGACUCGUAUGCCUAUGAUGGGAACAGAGUGCGAAAGUGGAAUGUGACUACCACUAACUAUGGAAAGUCAUGGGCAGCUGGAGAUAUUGUCAGCUGUCUGAUAGACCUGGAUGAGGGAACCAUAACUUUCUGCUUGAAUGGCCAGUCUCUGGGCACAGCCUUCACUAACAUUAAGAUGGGUCCAGGCAUAGCCUACUUCCCUGCCAUCAGCCUCUCCUUCAAGGAGUCAGUGGCCUUCAACUUCGGGAGCAGACCUCUCAGAUACCCUGUGGAAGGCUACCUGCCCCUCCAGAACCCCCCCACUGCUGACCUGUUGAAAGCGCAAAAACUACUGGGCUACAUCAAGACUGUUCUCUCCACCAGCAUAGAUACACAGGAGGAGAGGUUGGUAGAGAAGGACUGUGCCUCUUGGAGGCUGCAUGGAGAACCCACUGUCCUGAUCACUCUGGCCCAUAUCUUCAACCACUUCGCUCCCCUUAUGUGUAAAGUGUACCUGGUGGAGGAUGUGCUGAUGAGCUUCCUAUUGGGAAUUCUGGAAGGAGGAGGUUCAGUGGAUGAACACCCUCUCAUACAGCAGCUACUGGACCUCUUCUGGCUGCUAAUGGAGGACUAUGAGGUGAACGAGUGCCUGAAGCAGCUGAUGAUGUCAUUGCUGAGGGCCUACCGCUUCUCCCCCAUCAUCCCUGACCUGGGCUUCCAGAUCCACUAUCUGCGUCUGACCACAGCCAUCCUGCGCCAUGAGAAGUCCAGGAAAUACCUGCUUAGCAACGUCUUAUUUGAUGUUCUGCGUUCAGUGGUGUUCUUCUACAUAAAGACCCCUCUGAGAGUGAAGGAGGCAGGGCUGGAGGAGCUCAUCCCCACGACCUGGUGGCCUACACGCUUUGACAAAGAGGGGAAAGAUGAGCGGGAUCCUAAAGAUGAGACUGCAGAUGAGCGAUUGAGACGUCGGGCCUAUGAGAGAGGCUGCCAGAGACUCAAGAAGAGGAUUGAAGUGGUGGAAGAAUUGCAAGUUCAGAUCUUGAGAUUGCUGCUCAAUAACAAAGACAAGGGGACGGGUGAAGCCUCUCGCUACAUCUUCCUAAAUAAGUUCAGGAAGUUUCUCCAGGAGAACGCCAGCAACAGAGGGCACCCGACCGCAUUGUGCCCCCCAGAGUACAUGGUGUGUUUCCUCCACCGUCUCAUAACAGCUGUGAGGACUUACUGGGACGACGGCAAAAGGAAGAGCCCGGGCAGCGUAAACAGUGAAGAAGCCUAUGUCCCUCCUCAGCUCUUCUACAAUGGCAAGGUGGACUACUUUGACCUGCAGAGGCUUGGAGGCCUCCUCUCCCACUUAAAGAAAACACUAAAAGAUGACCUUGCCAGUAAAGCCAACAUCAUCAUUGACCCUGCAGAGAUCCAGGCCACAUCUAUGGAUGACUUGGAUGAGGAUGAAGAGAGCGGAGCAGCACAGAGACCAUUUGGUGCAGCAGCUAUGGGUGGAGCUCUGGCCCGGCCCAGCUGGCUUAGUUCUCCUACUCUUGGCCGUGCUAACCGGUUCCUCAGCACGGCUGCCGUCAGUCUCAUGACUCCCAGAAGACCGUUGGCGCCGCCUGAAAAAGUUAAAGUUCGCACCCUCGCUGUGGAGCAGAGGACUGAGGAGGACAUUGAAGGAAGCCAUGGCAACGAUGGCCUGUUGCUUGGGCGACCAUUGGAAGAGCCAGAUCAGCCAAUUGCAGAGAAGUCUCUUUUGGAGAUCGUUGAUGGGAUUGUGAUGAUGUAUAACCUGAGCGUGCAUCAGCAGCUGGGCAAGAUGGUGGUGGUGUCAGAUGAUGUUCAUGAAUAUGCUGUGGCACUGAAGGACACAGAGGAGAAGAUAGCACGAUGCCCUGCAAGAAGGCCAGACAUUCUGGAGGAGCUUCAGAAAAGCCAGAAGGUUUUUGCUGAGAAGCUCAACCACCUCAGUAGGAGACUGGCCUGGAUCAACGCCACCAUCUACUCCAAGGAGAAGAUGUUGGAUGUGUACUGGCUGCUUCGUGUGUGUAUCAGGACGAUUGAACAUGCUGACAACACAGGCUCCUUGUUUGCCUUUGCUCCAGAGUUCUACCUCAAUGUAGCCAUGAAUGCAUACAGCGCACUCAAGAACUAUUUUAGCCCUGCAAACAGCAUGGAAGAACUACCAGGCUACGAAGAAACCCUGACUCAACUAGCUGCUAUCCUUGCCAAGCACUUUGCAGACCCACGCAUUGUUGGGACAGAUAUUAAAGACUCGCUGAUGCAGGCACUGGCCAGUUACGUCUGCUACCCACAAUCCCUCAGGGCAGUGGAGAGGAUUCCGGAGGAACAACGUGUUGCCAUGAUGAGGAAUCUAUUGGCUCCUUAUGAACAAAGACCCUGGGCUCAGACCAACUGGAUAUUGGUCAGACUCUGGAGGGGCUGUGGCUUUGGCUACAGAUAUACCCGUCUGCCUCACCUGCUGAAGACCAAACCUGAGGAUGCCAACCUGCCUAGUCUACAGAGGGAUUUGUCAAUUGCUAGUUUCCAAAAACCCUGUCCAUCAUUGCUGCUGCAGAGACACAUGGCAGAACUGCUGAGUAUGGACAAAGACAUGGCUGCCUCCUUCCUCAACAGUGUCCUCAACCAGCUCAACUGGGCCUUCUCUGAGUUCAUUGGCAUGAUCCAAGAGAUCCAACAGGCUGCAGAGCGUCCCGAGAGAAACUUUGUGGACACACGUCAGCUAAAGGUGUGCGCAACGUGUUUCGACCUGUCAGUCAGCCUGCUCCGUGUGCUGGAGAUGACGGUCACUCUAGUACCAGAGAUCUUUCUGGACUGGUCCCGCCCCUCUGCAGAGUUGCUCCUCAGACGACUGGCUCAGCUGUUGAACCAGGUGUUAAAUCGAGUGACAGCUGAGAGGAAUCUGUUUGAUCGUGUUGUCAACCUGCGACUUCCAGGUCUGGAAAGCGUUGACCACUACCCCAUCCUUGUUGCUGUCACGGGCAUCCUGGUUCGAAUUCUUGUGGAUGGAGAGAGACAGGGGAUAUCUCGAGCUGCAUCAGUCCUGCUCUCAGACCCCUGUUUCCAGCUUCACUCAAUCCAGCACCUCUUAGGAGAGGGAGGAGAGGCCUCUGGGUCUACAUCAGUGGCAACCUCCACCAUACCUCCAGUUGUAGGACCCUUGGGACCUACCGUGGCUGCCUCCAUCCCCUCAGCACCUGGCACCAUGGCCCCUGCAGACCGCAAACACUUUUCUCUGCAUGCCUACACAGACUACAUCAGUGAGGAAGAAGAACGAAAGGUUGAGCGGAUGUUGGCUUUCCUCACAGAAGAAUCCAAGCAGGCCGCUGCCAGCACAGCUCCGACCAGCGAGGAAGACCUCUGCCCCAUCUGCUACGCACACUCCAUCUCUGCCAUCUUCAAGCCCUGCUCCCACAAGUCCUGCAAAGCCUGCAUCAACCAGCACCUGAUGAACAACAAGGACUGUUUCUUUUGCAAGGCCACCAUCACCGGGGUCGAGGACUACAGCAAGCCGGCUGGCUCCUAACACACUGCUACGGGACACACAUACACAUGCGCACACACACACACAUGAGCAAAUUUCACUUAUAUAACAUGCAUCCACCUCAGAACUCUCAUGCACAAGACUGGCAUGUACAGGCGCAUACUAGGACAUACAUUGACACCCACAUAUAGUGAGUGAGUCAUGAAGACCAUAAAGGAAACAUAAUAAAGGAAGGCCUGUGCCUGUGUAAAGAGCUGGUAUUUGCAAACACACACACACACACAUUAUCUCACAAACCCAUCCCAAGCUCAAAGCCCAUCCCAAAAACAUAUCGGUUGACCCAAAGAAUUGAGAGGUUGUUAGUGUGUGGGCACGCAUUUUCUCCGAUGCUCAGAUUCUCUAUCACCAACACACCCUCAUCCCCAGGACUUCCUCUCCUCUCCGCCUCUCACUGAAGAGAGGGGUGAACCAGUGGAAGAAGGAAAUCAAGGAACGAAUCAGAGAAUUUCCAGCAUCAUGAAAGUGUUUUUGGCUGCUGUCAUGUUACCAUCUCAACGUAUGGCUUGUGAUUACAGCUAAGCACAUCAGGAUGGACUGUGGGGCUCACGCAAAGUGGAAGAAAUUGAUGCCAUGCAUAGGAGAUGUGGCAGAAUUGUUCAUAUUCUGGUUGUUUUCUUAGAGGUCCAUAUAAAUAAUAAGUUUCCGCAGCCACAUAUCACACAUAAAAGAUGCAGAGGUGGUUUGAGUGUGUGGGAACUUCCUGUCAUAUCUUAAAAAGUAAUUGUGUGAGAAACAGUAAAAUAUUUCUAUGAAUGUGUGUGUAUGUGCAAGACUAUAAUCAUGUAUUUGAGUGUGUUAAGGUAAAACGCAGAAUGUGGCUCAGAAAAGGAAAAGUUUUGACGUAUAAUGCUAGAACUUUGAGAGGGUAUAUCAUGACUUGUGUGCUUAGAGGGAACCAGACAUGAACAAAAUUGAGUAAAAGUGUUUUUUUUUUUUUUUUUAAUGGACCUCAACAUAUUGAAACUGAGGUCAAACAGUUGCCCGCCGCACACUGAAGCUAUUCACACCAGGUUUCUCAGUCUUUGCUUACCUUUUUAAAUAUUAAUCUGACUUGCUAAAAAAUACAUUGGUGCCAAGGUCCAGUCAUUUGAUGACUGUCAGAGGCUUGAAUCAAUGCUAAGAGCAGGUAAACACACAGCUACCCAAACUACUUCAAGUGUCUGAGAGCAAUUUUGAGAUAUAUCUUUGUUUCUACUGUGAAUGUGUGUAACAUAAUAUGAUAAUGUAUCUCCUGUUAGCCAUGGCAUGUCCCCAUUAUUUCUUCUUUUUUUUUUUUUUUUCUUUUCCAGAGUCAUAUAUAGCCUGAGGAUCCAAAAUCAUGUACAGGUCCAACAUAACCAAAGACUUCAUCACUGGUUUUCUGUCAUACAUCUGAAAAGUUUCAGUUAGUCUGUGAGAGGGUUAACAUGCCACUGAAUCAGGAUUGGGGUAAUUUAAUUUAAUUCUUAGUUUUAUUUAACUACUAGACUUGUUCCCAGUACCUUAUUUUAUUGUAUUUUAUUUUAUUUCAUUUAACUGCUAGACUUUUCCACAGUCUUUAUUUUAUUUUAUUUUAUUUUAUUUUAUUUUAUUUUAUUUUAUUUUAUUUUAUUUUAACUUCCAGAUGAGUUCCCAGACUCUUAUUUUAUUUUAUUUUAUUUUAUUUUAUUUAACUAUCAGACUACCUGUGUAUUGAGUGGUUUAUAAGGGCAGGCACACUGAAUAUUAUACAUUGUUAGAAGUUAGUUGUACCAAGUAGAGGGAGACACACACACACACACACACACAUCACACACACACACGCAUCACACAUACCUUGGUGGGUACACUGGAGUGUUAAACUUCAUGUUGGAGACAGAUGACAUGAGACAGGGAACUCAGUGUCCUCUGUAGAGCAGCCCAGUUAAACACACACACGCUCACUCUCUCUCUCUCUCUCUCUCUCUCUCUCUCUCUCUCUCUCUCUCUCUCUCUCUCUCACACACACACACACACACACAUACACACACAGAUGUACACACAUACACACAGUCCCAUAAGUCUCAACAGAAAAUAGAGAAUUCGAUGAGAGGACAGCAGCGUCCUUGAGUGUGAUAUGUAGUUGUCUGAUUAGCACAACACUUCACCUCUGCCUGUCACUGCAGUUACACAACACAAACACACACACACACACACACACACAAACACACACACACAAGCAGAUGGCAUGCAAGUUCACAAAGCCCAUACGUCACCUUUACUUCUUUGGACACCGCUCUCACAUACAGGCAGGGAACAGUGAAACAAAAUAAACAUAAAUCAAAAGCCCAUACCUCGCCUCUACCUAUGCAUACACAUCCACUUACUCACACCUACACACCAAUGUACUGUAUACAUGGACUCUACUGUAUAGAGACACUGUUUCUACCAGGGAGGAGGUCUACAGCCAUUACACCUACAGCUCAAAAACAGGAUUUUCACCUUUUUCAAUACUUAGGUGUGCUCAGUCAUGAAUUUCACUCCUCUAAUAGUCUUUGAAUUGCCGUGCAGUACACACACACACGUUCAUACUUCAUGUCAGCAGUCACACACAUUCAGACAUACACCCCUCCCCUUUGCAAAAUGUCCAUUGUAAUCAGUGGGUCACAUUUGGGCCACCAUGUUUUUUGGACUUCAGACACUUAUUCCUGUUUCAAGUUUUGUAACCCCGUCAUCCCUGCCCACGUCUACGGGGCAAACUGAGUUCAUCUUCUGGUGCUGGAGUUUGUUAUACUAAAAUGAUGUGUGUGUUGUUACAGCAGAACUGACCGGGCGAUUGAACUGGUGUACUUACCAUGAGGCAAUGCAAGUUUUUUGUUUUGUUUUGUUUUGUGUUGUUUUAUUUUGGGUGGGUGGGGGUGAGGGGGUAAUAAUGCAUUGCUGAAAUUCACAACAUUUCCCUUUUUUGAGGGGUAUUAAUGACAACACCUGUCUCAUAAAUAUGUUGUAAGGCACUGAAACAUUGAGAUUGUCCUCUGGCAAAAACAACCCCACAGGUCGUUUGUACAGCAGCCCAUUACGACCUGUACUUAUGAUUUAAAGAUAAGCGGCAUCUAGCGGUCCUGUGAAUAAUGACACUGUGGUGUAUUUAGCGAAGUCCACGACUAACCAGCAUGCCUUUCACUCAGCCGAGCUGAGUUCAAAUCCAAGCGACGUCAGUGUUUUGUCACCUUAAGCCUGGCCCUUUCCUAACCUUGACCGUGUAUUUUUAGUGGCUAGUGGGAAGCAAACAGUCCUUUGGGUCGUAUUAGAGACACUUCUGUUGGAACAAAUGACCUAUGCGGAGGUAUGGGUUAGAGAUCUUGUUGAAAUAUUGGUGCAGAAGUAGGGCAGGAACUCUUGCUGUUGUGGAAUAUAGAAAAGAUAGAAAAGAAAAUUGGCUGAGAUUAAUUGAAUUCCUUUCCAGAUCCAGUACAUGAGGCAGACUAGACCUGCCUCUCUUUGGGUCAGUUGAAUCCCGUUGUUCGUCAUGUCUGUGUGUGUAAGGGUAUUUAGAGGAGACGCAGUAGGAACUGAGUAUAAGCUGCAGUGUUGUACACACUUAAGUGAAGAUUCACUCUCUAAGAGAAAUCAUGUGGCUUUCCUGUGAUCUGGCUGUUUAAAUGUUGCCAGCCCUGGAAUUUAAAACUUUUUUUCCCCUCACUGUUGCUCUGGAUGAGAGUAUCAAAGAAAUGCAUGUAUUGCAUUAUGGAGAAUGUACAGUUCUAUCAAUAUUGGUGAUGACUCACUCCUUAAGCUAGAGUGAACAAGGCUUUAAUGAACUGGGAGACUGGCUUUGCAGACCUGUAAAAUGGGAAUUUCUGCAUCCCUUUUAGCUUUUGUAUUGGAUUGCAAACAGGCUUGAGCCAGAAGACGUGGCCACAUCCCCAUCCCACCUGACUGGCAUGUUAACACAGAAUUCAAAAGGUUACUUCCCAGUUAAUUUUCAGAUUGAAUGGCUCCAAGAGCUGCCCCAUAAUGGCAAAGCUCAAAUUCACCAGAGUGCUGAAGGGUCUUGAGGGUAGACCGAGCUGCCCUGGGUAAUAGGAAAAACAUUUGGAUUCUUCUUCUGUGGAUAUCCCCUUGAAAGGCGCUUGAUUGUUGUGAUUGUUGUGCAGUGUGAGGACUCGGUAAUGUCAUUGCAGUGGCUUGGAGUGCCAACUAGAAUUCAUGUUUGACUCUGUCUGACAGUGUAGGCAAGAAAACCUCCAAAAUGCUGUACAUCUAUUUUAGAAAAUGCUCAUUACGUGAUAUUUAUUAUUCAGCGUCCCUAAAAUGUGGAGGUCAAGUGUUUGGAGUGUUAUUAUUUUGUCAACCGAGAACACAGUUACGUUCUGUAACAAUCUACUGUCCUUUACAAAGGGCCAUAAUUAUUAUAAUUUUGGUGCUGUAAAUGUUUUUAAAUGAUGGAUAUCUCAUUUUGGAACAAAACCUUUUUUUGAGUUUCAUUUAUGAGCGUAAUAACCGCACUGGGGCUAUGUUUCACUCGUAUGAAACAUUUCUUAAGCUGUGUGUGUUGAUUUCUGUGGUUUCACAAAAUUAUAACUGCAGUUUGGAUGCUUUUCAUAUCUAUUCCUGAACUGAAGGUCGAGGCGGUUCUUGGUAAGGUGUGACAUUUUCAAAGAAAAAUGCACGGCCAGCCAAAAUCCCUUAAGAAUCCUCACUUUGAAGAUCCAGCUGCAAGCGCAGGAUAGUAUUUCUGGUUAUCUGGGGAACGCAGCAGUACACUGACAAAUGAAUGACACACCAUUUACUGAAAAAUCUUACCGAGUCAGACGAUGAAUAGCGAUUUAUAUUUAGAGAUAUUGAUAAAGGUUGGAAUAUAAGGGCUGUGUGGCUGACUAUGGGAAUGUUAUGGGAACAUGUUCUUUUACAUGUUUUGGGGUCUUCACUGUGGUCUGCGUGGUGUGUGUGCCUGUGAGCCUGUGUGUGUGUGUGUGUGUGUGUGUGUGUGUGUGUGUGUGUGUGUCCAUGUGCGCUGUGUUUGCAUACCUCCCUUUGUGUGGGAGUUAACAACAUGAACUGAUGGUGAUACUUAUACAAUGCACAUAUUGAGUGAAAACAAGGGUUUACCAUGCGGGUUUGCAGAACGCUCCUGUUAGUCAAGGGAUCUUUUAGGCUGCACAAAGCAAUAUCACACAGACUGUUGACUUUUUCUGUUGCUGUUUACCUGUUUAUCUGUCGUUUGGGGAUCGGGACAGGAGCGCUGAUGUAGGGGCAGGCAGGAUUAUUGCUUUCUUUUUCUCCUUUGUGAGUGAGAGUGCACAUAUAUUGACAGUGUAACUGCAUUAAAUUAUUUAUCCAAAACUGA